GCGAAAGCUUCUUCUAUUCCAUCCUCAACCAUUUGAACCAUUUGUUCUAGGCCACACAAGGUCGUGGAGGCAGCUCUUGGGUUCAUGGUGCAUCAAAACCCUGUUUUGCGAUUCUUCCUGUUUGUUUGCACUUUAUAUGUCUCAUCGUCAUCCAUACCGUGGCCACCGAAAGAAAACUAUUUUGAUCAAACUUUGGAUCACUUUAAUUUUCAAGCAAGAAACCUGACUUUCAAACAGCGUUACCUGUAUGAAGAUAAAUGGUUCAAACCAAACGGACCCAUCUUCUUUUAUUGUGGAAACGAAGGAGGAAUUGAUAGUUUCUGGAACAAUACAGGGCUAAUAUUCGAAUUAGCACCUAGUUUCAAUGCUUUCGUCCUGUUUGCUGAACAUAGAUACUAUGGGAAAAGUCUCCCAUUUAAUACAAGCUUCCAGCAGCCAUAUAUUCAAUACCUUUCAAUUGACCAAGCAUUAGCAGAUUAUGCUUAUUUAAUUGAAGGUAUCAAAAGUACAUUCAACAUGACUAGAUCCCUUGUUGUUGCAUUUGGUGGAAGCUAUGGAGGCAUGCUUGCAGCAUAUAUGAGAGCUAAAUAUCCUCAUAUAAUUAAAGGUGCUUUAGCUUCAAGUGCACCAGUUAGAUGGGUUGCAGGCGAGGGGAAUUUUCAUGACUUUUUUGAAAGUGUCACUAAGGACUAUCGUGAUGCUGAUCCAAAAUGUUCAGAAAAAAUUAAAAACGCCUUUAAUUUAGCUGUUCAACUAUCACAGAAACCUGAUAUCGGUUACAAACAACUCUCUAAUGACCUACAGUUAUGUAAACCUAUCCAAAAUGAUUUCGAAUUUUACUGGGUACUGAAAUGGGCUCGCAAUGCAUUUGUUAUGAUGGCUAUGUUAGAUUAUCCCUACAAGGCAUCAUUUAUGGCAAGUCUACCUGCUAAUCCUGUAAAUGUCUCGUGCAAAAAUGCAUUAGCAGUAACUGAUCUCAUUCCGACCCUUCGUGAGGCUGUUGGAGUUUUCUACAACAGUUCACAAUCUCUCCCGUGUUUUGACUAUAAAACCCAGUUUAUUGAAUGUGCUGAUAUAACAGGAUGUGGUCUAGGUAGUGAUUCACUUGCUUGGGAUUUUCAGAGUUGUACCGAAAUGAAUUUACACGAUGACUCGGAUAGUACUACAAAUGAUAUGUUCGUCUCUUUACCUCUAACAAAACAACAAGUAACAAGUUAUUGUCAACGAAGGUGGGGUGUUACACCAGCGUUUAAUCAGUUGUCAACAUUUUAUGGUGAUAAUAGUACGUUAUAUUGUUGUUUUUGUUAUGAUUGUUGACUUAAUUUAUUCUUUUUAUUACUUAAUAUUUCCAAAAAUGAAGGAUUUUUAUUAACAGGAUUUUUUUCGCUAUUCACUAAGUAAAUAAUUAAUUACAAAUUUCAAAUGUCUUAUACAUCAAAUGAAUUUUUUACAGCUUAGUUCAAUCAUUUAAUAUGAUAAUCUUGAAUUCAAUGGAAGUUCUAUCUUAUGUCCUUACUGGUUAAACGUGUCUAUCGUCUAACCGAUAAUCUCCAGUGCAUAAAUGGAAAAUAUUGAAUAAACUUUGUUUAAAUGAUACAUAAUUACAUAUACAAAGUAAAAAAAAGAUUGGCUUGUUAAAUCUCGAUUUCCGUUUUCCAACAAAUCAUAUUUGUCCAUGAAUAAAAUAUAGCUGUUUAUGUGGUGUUUAUUUGUAAAUCCUUCUUAUACGUAUCUUUUCAACAUUGUCUAUACUUAUUUAUGUUUAUUAUUAACAUUAUGGCAAACCCAUUAGUAUUUUUAUCAUUAACAAUCCUUUCUUUCUGUUGUUUACGUUUUUCUAUGUAACUAGGAUUUCUUGUAGUUUAUAUAACUAAGAGACCUUAGUUAUAUAAUCACUGGGAACAAAUAGAGCACUGGGUAGUAUUCAUGACCUAACUGAGCUUCAAAUGCGUGACUUUCAUUUAUUUUUAUUUAUUUAAUCACAUAUAUAUUGGUACAAAAGGCACCGGAUACAUAUGCGCCACUCAAGUGUCACUGUCCUCACCAGUGAACAAUUUCAAAAGAUAAUUCCCCGGAGUUCUAGUGUAAAGCUGUGAUCAAUAGAGUUCAGCCGGGUUGUGUGUGAAGCAGUUAUCCACCAGUGAUAUUGGGAGGUGGUUACCCAAUAUCAAGAUUUGAUUAAAGUCAAGCGUUCGCUCUCGAAAACUAAGGGUCAUGGGUCGUUAACACUCACUAUUAAGGGGUUCAGUGCUUCGUGGUUUUCGAUAAUUGUUUAACUGAAGUCAGUUCGUGAUGUAAACUUUGAGAAUUAGUCGGUUUCACUUUGUCGUUUAGUAUUAAUUCAAAUUAAUUUCUUUUGUCUGGAGGUCACAGUUUAUUUUGUCACGUAUUUUUGUAGUUCUGAUACUUGGUUUUUCAUAUUGUGGAUGUUAAGCUAAAUAUAUUCAUUUUAUUUAUUAUAUUAAAUUGUGGAUGGAAUAAUAUAGCCUCUUUAAGUUAGGUGUUUUGUGAAAAUUUACUUAAUUUGGCAAUGUUUUUCAUUUCAGACUGUCUGGUAAUAGCUAUGUUGACUUAUUAAAAAGACAGUAAACAGUUGCUUAGUCCCAGUUAUGGAUUCUCCUGAGGUACCUAUCUACAAUGCUAUAAUGAAUCUGAACCUGUAUUUUUAUGUAUCAGUUAGUCGAAAAAUUAUGGAUCACUGAAUUUCUACUCUGUGGUUGAAGAUCUUCGUGUUGGAUGGUGGUACGCAUUCACCACUAAGGAAUCGUAGAUUAAAAUGAACCGGUUGCCUGAUCACUGUUCAGCAAUUUGUGGUGGUUCUCUGUUUAAUAUUAGUGUAUAAUGUGAAUCAUUUAGCCUAGAUUGUUACAUUUCUUAUCCCAUUAUUCUAACUCUUUUCAUCUUAACCGUUAAAACAUAUCUAAAUCACUAUACUUUCAGUUUGGAAAACUUCAAGUAAUAUUAUAUUUUCAAAUGGAAAUUUGGAUCCAUGGAUGGGUGGUGGAAUUUUAACUGAUCAAUCAGAGAAAGUCAUCUCCUUGGUACUAGAUGGUGGAGCUCAUCAUCUUGAUUUAAGAUCACCAGAUCCAAACGACCCUCCAUCAGCACGUCAAGUUCGUCAAAUUGAGGUACAAACAAUUCGUUCGUGGCUUGAUUUAUGAAACUUCUAAAUGUUCUUACUACACUUUGUCAUAUUUUUCUUUCUUUCUUAACGAAUCAUACUCUUCAUUCUGUUCAUUACUAUCUUUGUAUUUUUAAAGUAAUAUCAUCAUUAUCUUGUGAUUAUAGUAACUAAAUCUUUCUGAUUUGUACCCAGUGCUCCCAGAUUAUUGGAUAAUAAAUAAAAAUUAUUUUGUUAUUGUGAUAUUCUUGACCAAUAUAUUUUAGCAUUCAUUUGAUUGUACGACAAAUCAUCCUAUCAUCAAAAGUGUAUCUGAAUAAAUAUUUUUGGAUGAAAUCCAAAAUUUCUUCUUGAGCACAAAUCAAAUAUUGAUCCACUGCAAAUUCACAUUAACAUGCAAAAAAGAAUCUUCUCCCAGUUACCUCAUGGUAAUCAGUUUGUACAAUCAGUAAACAUGGUGAUUACUUAAAAUUGUUGGAAAUUUAUACGUGUACAAAUAUGCAUUCAAUCAGACUGAAAAAAACCCUCGAAAUCACUGGUCAAAACUGAAAAUUAAUUUGAAUGUCUCGAUUCAUGGAAGAGCCUAGAUGAGAUUAUUUAAAAUUCAGUAAUUGUUCCUGUCAAUUUCAUGAAUCUGAGUUAUGAAUAAUAUGACUAACAGAUUAUGAUCAAUGAGGAAUCUCUGUUGAAAAAUUACUUUGUGUUAAGAAACUACUGAACUAUACACGUGAUAAUUUGUUACAAACCAGUUUGACUAAUAUAUCAGAUGAUACUUAUAAGUUGUACAAAAUAUUAGUGAAUAUACGUAUAUGCUGAUUGAUAAUUAUAACCUCAGUCGAUGGUUGGACACAUGAUCAGUUAUGAAUUUUUAAAUUUGGUUGUUUGAUAUUUUAGAAUACUUCAGAAGAAUAUUUUGGACGAAAGAAGGGAUGAAUGAGUAGUAGUGAAUCAAUGACCAUGGCAACGCCAGGUGAAACAACGGUUCAUUUUAUGUACGCAGAUUAGAGUGGAGACGACAAAUAGCUAAUACUUCUGCGUAACGUAAAAGUUUGCCUUCUGUCUAAUUAUCAUCGUUGAGAGUAUUGCCCGUUCAGGAAAUUUUAUAAGAAAAUAGAACAAGUUUAAUGGAUUUUGUCUUGUACUCUGAGCUGAUAUGUAACUGAUCAACAUGGUAUCAGUUAUUACGUAUGAUGAAAGUAUCAGAAGCACAUUUCAAAUAAAACGUUUAUUUUAUCGCAUA